GCCGGCCAUGCAGCGACUCGUCGCUUUUCUGCUGUGCGCGACUGCCCUCGUCGGCGUCCCGUCGCAAGGUGCGAGUGCAGGCCCCCGGCUGAACAAUGGCUGGCUUUACCGAUUCCACUACAAUGUGGAGCUUGGCCUGAACCGACCCAGGGCAUCUGCCAGGGGGACUGCUGGCUUCCAGAUCUCCAGCGAUGUAGACAUCAGCCUGACCUGGAGGAACCCAGAGAACCAGGACGAGCAGCUGCUCCGUGUCCAGAUCUCAAAUGUUCAGCUGCAGAGUGCAGUUCAACGCUCGGGUAAGAACAACAUCUUCCAUGGUUCUACAACAGAGAGCAUUCUGGGUAGAGAAAAGCUGGAGGCACUGCAGAGACCCUUCAUGUUGCUCUGGAAGAUGGGCAAGAAGGUUCCAACAGGACAGGAAACAGGCCGUGUACUGCAACCAUGGUCAGUGGUCAAAUGUGAAAGUUCAAUGACAGAGCUAACAAUUUAUAGGAACUUCCUAAAAAGCACGCACACACACUCACACUCUCGUAGACUCACACACACACAGACACAUGCACCUACAGACAGACAAGCUGGUUAAUUUAUCAAGAGAGAAAGUGGUUGGAAGGAACAGCAGAGAUAGAAGGAAUGACUAAGGGAGAGAUGGGGAGAGGAAAGGGAGGGUGUGUGUGUGUGUGUUUGUUUGUGUGUGUGUGU